AUGGAAACCACCUUUGCUGAAAGCAAUGGCAAAGGUAACAGCAAGGGUAAUGACAACAGCAAUGGUAAAAGUGAUGGUAAAGGUAACAGCAAGGGCAAUGGCAAUGAUGAAGGUGAUGGCAAAGGCAGUGGGAAUAAGAAGGACAAUUCCACAGAUUAUACUAUAUUGUCCAAGGGAAAGAAUGGGCAUGAACGAGCUCUUUGCUUGGGAGCUGGGAAGUGCUAUCUUAAGACUCUGCAAUGCCCCUCUCAGUGCCUUGAGAGAAAGCCCAAGAAGAACAAAAAGAUGAAGGGAUGCUUCAUUGACUGCAGCAAGUGUGAGUCCACUUGCAAGUAUAGGAAGCCCAAAUGCAAUGGAUAUGGAUCCAUCUGCUAUGACCCGAGGUUUGUUGGAGGAGACGGCGUGAUGUUCUACUUCCACGGUGCCACGGGUGGCGACUUCGCCCUUGUCUCAGACAAUGAUCUUCAGAUCAAUGCCCACUUCAUCGGAUCCCGACCCACCGGCAGGACCCGAGACUUCACCUGGGUCCAAGCCCUCUCCGUCAUGUUUGAUUCCCACACACUUGUCCUCGCUGCCAAGCGGGUUUCCCAUUGGAAUGAUAACGUCGAAGCCCUUAUCGUUCACUGGGACGGAGAGAGGAUCCAGAUACCGACUGACGAAGAGGCCGAGUGGCGUAGCAGUGGGGGCGAUAGGAAGGUCGUCAUCGAAAGGACUGAUGAAACCAACAGUGUCAGGGUGACAGUUGCCGGGUUGGUGGAAAUGGAUGUGAAGGUCACACCCAUUGGAGCAAAGGAGAAUCAGGUUCACAACUACCAAUUGCCCUCCGACAACGCCUUCGCCCACUUGGAAACCCAGUUCAGAUUCAAGAGCCUGUCUGAGUAUGUGGAGGGAGUAUUGGGACAGACUUACAGGCCAGACUAUGUCUCCCCUGUAAAGAUUGGUGUCCCCAUGCCAAUGAUGGGUGGAGAAGACAAGUACCGCACUCCCUCCCUCCUUUCACCACUCUGCAAGCUUUGCAGGUUCAAGAGCCUUCCCUCUACAGCAAACACUGCCAUCAAGGAGGUGGCUCAGUACUGAUGGGAAAGGGAACUGUUC